AGCAUUAACUAAAGCGAAGCCGGAAAUAAAAGUGCGCACAGCUAUUUCCGGUCGGGUUCUCCAGCUGCAUCACGCACGCCGUUUGUUGCUAGGCGACGCCUUCUGCCUCCUCGUCUCACCUUGCUCGCCAGCAGGAAGGCGCCGGUACCAUGCAGCAGGGGGAGGAGGAUGAGCUGUCAGUGACCAUAGCGCACAUAGUCCGGAAACUGAAGGGCUCCAGCCUGCACAGCCAGCUAGAGAAGGAGGCCCGGGCAAGUCUGCACAAUACUGAUAUUAAACUUGAAACACUAAAAGAAGACAUCAAAGAAUUUUUCAAAACUUCAGGCUGGGAGAAGAAACUUCAGAAUGCAGUCUACCGGGAACUCAGUGUGCUUCCUGCCCCUUGUCACCCACUUGCACCAGUGGAACAUAUUAAGGAGCCACUGACAUAUAUGCGUAAGGCACAGGCAAGCUGGGAAAAGAGAGUGAUUAAAAGUUUGAACAGCAUGUGUACGGAACUUAAUAUCCAACUUGCACGCAAGAGACCAUUAAAUGAGCAAAAGGAACUACUAAACAAAUGGAAUGAAAUGGGAACUGAUGAACCAGAUUUAAGUUUGUUUAGACCUGUGUAUGCACCAAAAGAUUUUCUGGAGGUAUUGAUUAAUCUACGAAACCCUAAUUAUGACAUUGGGGAUCAAGGAAACUAUAAGAGUCACCUGGGUUUGAUUCAAGUGCCACUGAAAAUUAAAGAUAUUCCUGAGUUAAGGGAUUUUUUUCAGGAGCUAAGCUUAAAUACCGGUCAGCUGGGUGUUGAUGAUUCCACACAAGUCCCUCCAGAACUCUUUGAAAAUGAACAUCUUUCUCUUGGGAAAAAAGUGUUAGCCGGACACGACAGUGCUGCUGCUCAGCAGUUUGUUCGCCAGGGCUGCCCAACAUCAUUACGAGCUGACUUGUGGGCACUUAUUUUGAAUAUCUCAAAUCAACCAGAGGACAUGUUGUAUUAUGAGCAGCUUAAAUCUAAUGUGAUUCAGCAUGACCUUUUAUCUGACAGUCUGAUUUACAAGGAUGUAAAGCUUACGGCUAGUAAUGAUGACUACUAUUUUGUUUUUGAAGAUUAUCUUUAUCAGGUUCUCCUAUGUUUUUCUCGAGACACAUCGGUCCUGGCACAUUUCUCAUACAGUAGUGCCUCACCACCGAAAUCCUACAUACGAGGGAAACUUGGUCUGGAAGAAUUUGCUGUUUUCUAUCCACCAAAUGGAGUAAUACCAUUCCAUGGAUUUUCCAUGUACGUGGCGCCUCUGUGUUUCCUGUACCACGAGCCGUCUAAAUUAUAUCAGGUGUUCCGGGAAAUGUACGUGCGCUACUUCUUCAGGCUCCAUUCUAUAUCGUCUCAUGUGUCGGGGAUACUGUCACUGUGCCUGAUGUUUGAGACACUUCUCCAGACUCACCUGCCUCAACUUUUUUAUCACCUUCGUGAGAUCGGUGCCCAACCGCUCCGCAUUUCAUUCAAGUGGAUGGUCCGAGCCUUUUCUGGCUAUUUGGCUACUGAUCAGCUUCUCCUUCUCUGGGACAGAAUCCUUGGCUACGAUUCAUUAGAAAUACUCGCAGUGCUGGCAGCUGCUGUGUUUGCUUUCCGAGCGGUGAACCUGAUGGAAGUGACAUCACUGGCUGCAGCUGAAGCCGUACUUGCUGAUAUAUCAACUCUGAAGGUUAUGCCUCUUCUUCAGAUUUUCUUGUUCGCGGUGGUUCCCUAAUCUCUCCCAUCAUCUAAGAAAGCACGCAUCAUGGCGCUUCCUAUGCCGCGGCCGCACAAAAAUGCAACGUCUACAUUUAACCAGAAAUGACAUUCUAUUUACACAGUCAGUAAAUAUCGUGCUCAGCGUAAAUAAGAGUAAGCGCAUCUGCAGCUUUACAGGCAGGUUAGAUUUCAUAAUGAUAUCCCUUGGACUUGCUGCUUGGAUGCGGCUCCAGGAGCAGAAUAUUCUAAGGAAUGGCAUAAUGUGUUGCUAUACAUACACAAACACAUAUUCAAUGCAGUAUUAUUUUAAGUGGUAUUACAUUUCAGUGGCAUGUAGGAGUUUUAUGUGCCGUAGCCUUUGGGUUGCCAUUUAGGCUGAUGCAUUUGGAAAAUGCAAACAAUAAAUUAUUUACAUAUUUUGCCCUAUAGGUUUUGUUUUUCUUGAUUCAAUAAAUGACUGCUAGGUACAAA